AAAUCUGAUUACUCGUCUGUGUUGUUCAUUAUUGACUUGGUCGACGACAGGAGAAGAAUAUAACAAGUACAAUACGACCUGGUACUGAAGGAUAUAGAUAACGAGGACGAAACAAACGCAGAAAUAAAAACACGCUGAUCGAAACAAUGAAUUUAGCGAAAGAACAUGGGUCCAAUGACGAUGGCAGUCAAGAGGGGAUAACGGGUGCGUUUUCGAAUCAGUGUCAUAGGAAUGCAUUGACGAAGUAGAGAUUCUUCAAUUUAAGUCAUCCUCUGCCUCUGGAAUUAACUUGCAUUCUAACCAAACCAAACCGUCAUGCAUUUCCGCUCUGUGUUUAUACAAUGAAUUUAUCUUUGAAUCGACAGUUGCCAUCCGUAUGCGUCCACUGAACAAUGCGGAGGAGAAUAACAAACGCAUUUGGAAAGUGUUACAAAAGUAUUCGUCCAUUACACAAACAACACGAGAUGGAAAGCCUCUUCCAGAACGCACUACAGGACGCACAUUUUUUACCUUCGAUAAGACAUUUGGGGAAAAUACAAACAAUAAACAAGUUUAUGAAAGCGUCGCACAAGGAAUCGUGAAUUCUGUGGUUGAUGGAUUGAACGGCACUAUUUUUGCCUAUGGACAGACCUCUAGCGGUAAGACAUACACUAUGCAAGGUGCCGGAAAUAUUGAGCAAGGAAUGGGUGGCGAAGGUGGUGUAGUUCACAUGGCAGCCAAUGACAUCUUCUCUCAAAUUGCCCAGAAACAAGAACGCAAUUUUCUCGUGAGGGUAAGUUUCCUAGAGAUUUACAACGAAGAAGUUCGAGAUCUCCUUGGCGAUGUAAACCAAACCUUGAAGAUCAGGGAAGAUCCUCGUCACGGUGUCUUUGUUCAAUCUCAAGAGGAGAUUGUCACGAAUUUUGAUGGUUUGUUAAGGAUCCUAGGUCGUGGAGAUAAGAGUCGAACAUUCGCUGCCACCGGGAUGAACGAGCGAUCAUCUCGUAGUCAUACCAUUCUCCGAAUCACGAUCGAAAGUCGAGAAAAAGAAUUUGAAACUGAAGAGGAGGAGGAAGAUGACGAUAUGAUGGAUAUUGGAGUCGGAAACUCGUGUGGUGAUGGUUCUGUACGAAUUUCCACUCUCAAUCUAGUGGAUUUGGCUGGGUCGGAGAGUGUACGGCAUACCGGGGCAACCGGUGAGCGUCAAAAAGAAGGAGGACUGAUUAAUCAGAGGUACGAGUCAUGAAACAGAAAUUGUAGUGCUAUCGCUGAAAUCUUUUGUGUUCCUAAAGUUGCCCACUUUUCUUUCUCUAGCCUUUUGACAUUGUCACGUGUGAUUGUAGCACUUGGAGCUCCAAAUCAGAUGCAUGUCAACUUCCGUGAUUCGAAGUUGACGAGAAUUUUACAACCAUCGCUUUCCGGAAACGCACGCAUGGCCAUCAUUUGCUGUGCAACUCCCUCUGAACUUUAUUUAGAAGAAACAAGAUCAACUUUACAAUUCGCUUCCCGUGCCAAACUCGUCAAAACAAAUGCACAAGUGAAUGAAGUUUUGGACGAGCGGUCUAUGAUUCGACGGCUGCAAAAAGAACUUGCUGAAGCUAAGCGCAAUCAAUCGGGCGUCGAACAGGGACAAGUUCGCGAUUUAGAAGCCCAAGUUGCGACAGCAGGGACGCAGGCAAUGGAAGCAAAGAAAAAGCUAGAUCGCCUGAAGGCUUCUAUUCUGAAUACGGGGUACAUUAUUGAUCAAGUGCCCGGUUUGAGUUCUGAAAACCAUAUUAAGAAGACGAAGAAGCGGAGAAAAUCUGACGGCCAUCUCCUACUCAGUCUUCUAUCACCAGAGAAAAUGAAUAAAGCUGACGUCAAAUCGCCAAAAACAGCUCCUCGUAGACACAAAAAUAACGUAUUGCAGUAUCAAAGGCUUGAUAUUGAACAAGAACUCAAGCUGGUACAAGAGGCUCUAGCCACUCGGAAUAGUUUUGUGCGCGAUCUCAAUCUAAAACUCAGCCAGUAUUCAGAACAGAUAAAGGGGAAAAAUUGUGAUCUAGAAAAUCUGAGGGCUCACAACACCACCUUGAUCGAAGAAAGUAAGAUAUCGAAAGAUAGUAUCAUGGAUUUGGAAGAAACGGUUGUAUCUCUCAAACAAACUCUUGAUUCAUCUUUGAAAGAAAACGAGCAGGCACUAGCGGAAAAAGAUUCUGAAGUCAUCGAAUUUUUCGAGAAACUUCAGCAGGCAUUAAGGCAGAAUGAAGCAUUUGAGAAUAAUAGCAAAGAGAAUGUCGCUCGCCUUGCCGAGGUUGAAGGAGAAAAAGUGAUUCUUGAAGAACGCAUUUCUUCUGUUGAAGACAAGCUCGAGAGAGAACGAGAAUCGCAUGAAAGACAGUCGAAUGAUUUAAUUACUUCGAUCCAAUCGCUACAAACUCAAAACGACGAGAUGGGAAAAGCUCUCGAACGAGAGACGCAAUCAAAAGUAUACCUGCAGGAUAAGUUUUCAAAGACCGAGCAAGAGAAUAAAUCUCUUGUUAAAUCAUUGGAAUCCCGUCUUGUUGAAAUGGAGCAACAACUUGAAAUACAGGAAACCGUGAAGAAGCAGUUGGAAGAAAAACUUUCCAACACACAGCAACAGACUGAGUUCUCGGAGAAAACUCUACAGUCUCAAUUGAGUGGAAUGGUGCAACGACUUCAAGAAGAGGAAUCUAUGAGAAAGGAUCUAGAGGUAAAACUGUCCGACAUGGAGUCCUUGGAGAAAACUUUGCGAUCUCAACUAGUUGAAAUGGAGAAACGACUUCAAGAAGAGGUGACCACGAAGAAGCAGUGGGAAGAAGCUCUUUCCGACGUUAGGCAAGAAAAUGAAUCCGCAGAAAAAAAUCUCCAAUCACAACUUGCUGAGAUGGAGCAACGACUUCAGGAGGAGGCAGGAAUGAAAAAGCAAGUGGAAGACACACUUUCUAAAACCCAGCAAGAAACUGAAUCCUUAGAAAAAAUGUUCCAAUCCCAACUUUCUGAAAUGGAGCAACAAGUCAAGGAAGAGACAGCCAUGAAAAAGCAGUUAGAAGAAAAACUCGAGACAAUAAUCAAGGAUAGCAAACUUUCUUUAACAUUGGUUUCUACCGAAAAGAAACAGCUUGAGGAUCAAGUUCAAAACUACCAGAAAAACAUGGAAGAUUUGAAUGAGAAGGUUGAAAGUCUUGAAGAACGUCAACAAAUUAUGCUCGAGGAGAAGGACUCAGCUCAAGCGCUUCUUAGAGCUCGUGAAGAAGCAAACCUCGAUUUGAAGCAACAGAUAGCAAGUACAGAAGAACAAGUAUCAAUUAUCAAGGCAGAAAAUAAAGAAUUAUCUGUAGCAAAUGAUAUCGCCACGAAUGAGCUCGAAGCUAUGAAAGAGACCAUGGAGAAUACGAAAUCAGAACUUUCCAAACUCAAGGAAGAACUCGAGAAAAGUAGAAAAGAAACGCAAUCAAUCGAAAAAGAAAACGAGGCAAAGGGUUCGGUUAUAGGUCCGCUCAAAGAGCAGAUUGAAAGUGCUACCGCUGAAGUUCAUGAAUUGCGCGAUGUUUUGUCGUCAGUAAAAUCUGAGCUCGAAAAUCAGGAGGCUGUUUGUGCGCAACUAUCUCAAGAAAAGAAAAUCCUUGAGUCUGCCAUGGGUGGAAUCGAGGGUGAAAUGAUAGAUAAGGAUGUCACCCUUGAGCAGCUUCGCAAAGACAAGGAGCAAGCAGCUGAAGAUCAUGCGACAGAAGCUGCAGGUUACAAAAAGGAAAUCAGUGAUCUGCAUGAAACCCUAUCCGACACUAAAUCAAAGCUUGAACAUCAAGAAUCCGAAAUUUUGAAGGUUUCGAAAGACUGGGAAGCGCUUGAGGCACAUAUGAAGGAGAUGGAGGAUAUUAAUACAGCAAAGAUUGCAACGUUGGAGGAGCUCCAUGCUGACAAAGAACUUGCUAAUGGAGAUCUUGAAGAACGACUGAAACAAUCAUCAGAAGAAAACCAAAAGCUACAGGAUGAUCUCAUUGUUACCAAAUCCAAACUAGAACAGCAAGAGUCUGAGUUUGCUCAAUUGUCGGAAGAGAAGGCAGCGCUUGAGACUCAUCUUGAGGAAAUGGAAGAUAUCACCACAGCAAAGAUUGCAACGUUGGAGGAGCUCCAUGCUGAGAAGGAAACCAGUUCUCAACAGAUGGAUGAAAAAUUGAAGCAAUCAUCAGAAGAAAACCAAAAGCUACAGGACGAUCUCAUUGUUACCAAAUCCAAACUAGAACAGCAAGAGUCUGAGUUUGCUMAAUUGUUGGAAGAGAAGGCAGCGCUUGAGACUCAUCUUGAGGAAAUGGAAGAUAUCACCACAGCAAAGAUUGCAACAUUGGAGGAGCUCCAAGCUGCCAGGGAGAGCCUUUCUCAAAAAAUGGAAGAGGAAUUAAAGAAAGCUGAGGAUUUACAGAAUAUUCUAACAGUUGCCGAAUCUGAAGUCAAAAUGUUGUCUCUCGAGAAAGAAAGUUUAGAAAUUAGGAUCCAAUCAAUGGAAGAUAUUCAUGCUUCCAAAGAAUCGGUUAUCGAAGAGCUACGCGUUUCUGCACAAGAGAAGGAUGAAUGUACUUCUAAAUUGAAAGAAAAGAUAGAAAUGUACAGAACCAAGAUCGAAACACUUGAGAAAAAUUUUGCCUCUGCUGAAGGUGGUGAAGCACGCAAAGACUCAAUCAUAAAGCAGCUUCGAGUCGAGAGAGAGGAACUACAAAUGAAGCUCGAUACUAAAAUCUCAGAAGCUGAGAAACUUGAAAACAAGGCAACAGAUUUUGAAUGUCUGAUUGGAAGACUCUCCGCUGAUGUCGAGAUUCACAACAAUGAAAUCGAGACCCUUUUGCUUAAUUUAAUGCAAAUUACUGGUGAGAAAGAGGAGUUGGAAUCAUCUCAUGUCGAGCUGAAAUAUUCAUGCGAGUCAUUGACUACUGAAAAUGAAGCAAUGCAUGAUAGAUUUUCAGCACUGGAAUGCAAAAAUGCUGAAGUUGAAGAAGAACUUGAGUGCUUGAUGAUCGAAUACAAAAAGCUGACGGAAAGAAACAGUGCCUUGGAAGAAUCGGAACAAUUUCUCAAGAAGGCACAAACGAAAAUUCAGAAAACUGUGGCUGAAUAUGAAGAAGAAGUAACGGAUUUAUCUGAGCAGAUCGGCACUGUUUUUAACGAGGUCCUGUCCUUCGAAGACCGAAACAAUGAGCUGCAGCUUACGAUUGAUAAUCUACAAAGGAAACUCCAAGAGAAGAACACUGCAUUUCUUCAGAUACAGAAAGAUAUCGAAACAAUGGCAGGUUCUCGAGACGAGAUGCUUCGAAAUCUCCAAAACUGCAGGGCGGAGCGUGAUGAAGCAAAGAAUGAGGUCAAAAACAUAAUCAAUUCUCGUGAUUCAAUGAUUCAAAGCCUUCGAGAUCGCGAGGCUGAACGCGAUGAGGCAACCAGUGAACUAGAGAGACUAUAUGACGAAAUCCGUGAUUUGAACAGCAACAAAACAGCGUCAAAGGCUAAGGAAAGUGAACUCUUCGAGGAGGUGUCUGAGUUGAAGGUUCAAAACCUCGAGCUCAAACGCCUACUCGCAUCAGUCAACGAGACAGAAGAAAAACUUAGGAAUGCACUAAAAAUUGCUGAGAAAGAAAAUAUGACUAAGACGCAGGAACUAGAGGAUGCUCAGCACCGCAUAUCUCGAAUCGAACAAGAGCUUUCGAAAUCUCAAAUAGUAGAUGUCGAACUAAGCCGAGUUGAGCAGAGUAAGGCUGACCUCCUCGUGUCGCUCGAAAUAAUUCAGAGAGAAAAAGAAAAUAUUGAGCAGUCCCUUCAAGAAGAAACGAAUGCAAGAAACGAGUUGCAGCAGCAAAUGAGAGAAGAGCAACGAGCACUGAUCCAGGAAGGAGAGAACAUGAUGGCUGCUUUGCGAAAGCAACUGGAAGAGUGCGAGACAAAACUAAAUCAGAGUGAAUCAGAGGCUUACGCCGCCAGAAAACAAGUGGAAGAAAUCACUGACGAAAGAAAUCGCCUGGAAGAAAAAUAUCUUGAGACCUCUACUCAAUUGAGUUCUUCCGAUUCGUCGAAGCAACGACAGGAAGAAGAGAUGGCAACCCUUCGAUCUAAAUUGAACGAUUCUAAGUCUGAGAGCUAUGCUUUGAAAGAAGCGGCCAUUGACAUGAAAGAAAAAAUGCGAAGAGCUACUCGAGAUAGUGAGAAAGCAAUCAGAGAAAACGAGAUUGCAAAUUCUGAGUUAUCUACUACUCGUAGAAAACUUGUGAGUCUCGAGAAUUUAAACGAGGCCAACCAUACAGAAAAUUUGAAAUUGCGUAAAAAACUGAAGGACCUAGAGGUGAACGAGACUUUGGCCAAAGAGCUACAAAAAGAGCUUGAGAAAAGGGAGAGCGAAGUUGCCAUCAUGAGUAAUGAGAUUUCUUGUCUGAAACUAGAAAUACGAAAAGAAACCGAUUCAACUCUCGAGGCCGAGCUCGGGAAAACUGAAAAAGAAAUGAAAAUGAUGAAAAAUGAAUUGGACGAAAUGAACGAGCUUAUGAAACAAAAGGAAAAAAGAAUCAAGAAACUUGAAGCUGUUAGAUUGACAAAGGAUCAACUAGCGCAAAUCAAAAAGAUGAAAGUAAGUUGAAUUUGGAAAUCUUAAUACCUUUUUAUUUGUUGUUUUUGGACCUUUCUUGACUAACAUGCACUGCUUGGUUGAACAUUUGUCUCUUAGACUGAUAAUUUACAGUACGAAAAGAAAUGCUCGAAGCUUGAAAAGGACUUAAGUCGAUUACAGAAGCACAUAUCGACAACUGGAUCGGAAGGCAACAUGAGUUCACACAGAAGUCACUACGAACAGAAAUGUUUGCAUCUAGAGAAGGAAAUCGAUCGGCUGCAAAAUCAAUUAUCUACCGCGGGUUCGGAAACAAACUUGAGUUUGGAGGUGAACGAGCUCCGAUUCGACAAGGAAGCACUGGAGAGAAAGCUUCGAAAAUUCGCCACGCAUUGCCAACGACUGGAAGAUGACAAGGCAGGCAUGGCUGAUGCGCUGCGAUCUUGCAACAUAAAUAUCGAAACGCACGGGAAUAAUGUCACUGAUGCAAUUGUGCAUCUAUGUGAUAAAUUAGCAUCCAUUGAAGAAGUUCAUGAUAAGCAGUUGAACAACUCGUUCCAUGAGAAGGAGAAGUCGUCAUUACAACAAAAAAUAGAGAAGCUUUCCCACUCCGAAGAAAAGUUGACUGAAAAAUUGAACCAAUACCAGCGUGACAAUGCCAAGUUGCAAGAAAAACUUGAGAAAAUAGCAACCAAACCUGCCUCUGGGGAUUCUGACGAGCAUCGAGAAAAUAUUCGAUAUCUUGAACAUGAAAAUCUUCAACUGAUGCACGACAUGAAGUCAGUCAAACGGCAGCUUCAAGCAGCUCGAGAAGAAAUAGAAACAUUACGUAUGAAUGGUAUUGGCAGAAGUCCCAAUUCAAAAUUCGGAAGUUUGGAUACACGUGCAUCCAUGAAACAUCCAUUAUCGCCGACGACGACUUGUUCCAGUUCCAAAGAAAAUUCAGAUACCAUGGAACUGGCGAAUUUAGCUGAGGCGUGCACUAAAAACAUAUUAAGACUUUCUGCUCGAAAAACAAAGAAGCGAAAUGUUCUUUCAGACAAUACUAACGGACUGAAAGACGAGCAUCGAGAAGAAAGACUGGCAGACAAACGUCGAAAAGUUAUCGGACUUGCUGAUAAGGAAAAAGUUGAUCGGGUUGCCACAAAUAAUAUUUCAACUCCUGGUCUCGGAGAGUCGUCGAGUCACAGUACUGAAAACACAGGUGAAUGCAAACAAAGCUGAAAGUAGCAGUAGCAUGAGUUUUUUGAAAUCGAGAAGGGAGCAGCACCAACAAAACCCCCUAACACAGCAGUUCGCAGUGCUCACUACUAUAACAUCACCACUAGUAAGUAGUAAUAGAAGUUUUCCAGUAGUAAGCACUAAUAAAGAUUCUCAAGUAGC